AUGGAGCAGCAGCGGAAGCAAAUGAUGCAGCAAGAACAACAGGAAGAUGAAGACGUUCAGCAGUGUCCCCACGUUCCAAUUGAGCAGCUUCAGGCAUCUGGCAUUGCUGCCCUUGAUGUUAAGAAGCUCAAAGAAGCAGGCUUCUGGACUGUUGAAUCUGUGGCAUACACUCCAAGGAAAGACCUUCUCCAAAUAAAGGGAAUUAGUGAUGCGAAAGUCGAUAAGAUCAUUGAGGCAGCUUCGAAACUGGUGCCUUUGGGUUUUACAAGCGCCAGCGAGCUGCAUGCUCAGAGGCUUGAAAUAAUUCAGAUAACAUCUGGCUCAAAGGAACUUGACAAAAUUUUAGAAGGUGGAAUAGAAACUGGGUCUAUAACAGAAUUGUAUGGGGAAUUUCGCUCUGGAAAGACUCAACUUUGCCAUACUCUUUGCGUCACUUGCCAACUUCCAUUAGACCAAGGUGGUGGCAUGGGAAAAGCAAUGUACAUUGAUGCUGAGGGAACAUUCAGGCCUCAAAGACUACUACAAAUAGCAGACAGGUUUGGGAUGAAUGGUGCUGAGGUUUUGGAGAACGUGGCCUAUGCCCGAGCAUACAACACUGACCAUCAAUCAAGGCUUCUGCUUGAAGCUGCAUCAAUGAUGGUGGAUACCAGAUUUGCUCUUAUGGUAGUAGAUAGCGCUACAGCCCUUUACCGAACUGAUUUCUCCGGAAGGGGUGAAUUGUCAGCUAGGCAAAUGCAUCUCGCCAAGUUCUUGAGGAGCCUUCAGAAAUUAGCAGAUGAGUUUGGUGUGGCCGUUGUCAUAACAAACCAAGUUGUUGCUCAAGUGGAUGGCUCUGCAAUUUUUGCCGGGCCUCAAAUCAAACCCAUUGGAGGCAACAUUAUGGCACAUGCUACCACAACUAGGCUAGCCUUGCGGAAAGGAAGGGGCGAAGAGCGAAUAUGCAAAGUCGUGAGCUCGCCAUGCUUGCCUGAAGCCGAGGCAAGAUUUCAGAUCACUGCCGAUGGUGUAACGGAUGCUAAGGAGUGA